AUGUUGCGGGUAUGUUCGAUCCUUCUCCUCCUCCUCGGUAUCAUUAAUGCGCAGCCUCCGCCCGGCGGAUUCCCGGCCGGAGAGGUCAAUGUCGAUAAGAUUGGCCAAAUGUACGGCAUCGCGACCCAACUGAUGUCGUUGACGAACGAAUUUAUGGGAAAUGGACGGGGUGGAGGAGGAGGAGGGGGAUCGGCCGGGUCCUACCGAGAAUCUGGAUAUGGUGGAAAUAGCAUCCUGUCGGAGGUGGCCAACAAUAUGCGGAGCGGAGCCGACGAGAAGCUGACUCUUUACAAUGAAUACGGUGGAUUGCCGUCGGGAGGAAGACCUCGUAGCGGUAUUCAGUCCAUCCUGAACACAUUUUUGGGCAGUUCAGUGAGCGGAGACUCCGAGCCACUACCCCCUCCCCCUCCACCUCGCCAACCCGCGCGACCCAGGCAGAAUGGGGCGACACUCCUCGAUCUGUUCGGUCUCGGAACGACUGAGGCACCAACCACGACAACAACAGAAGCUCCGGCACCUGCUCCGGGGAGAAAUAUCCUCGAAAUGUUCGGCCUUGUCCGUCCCACGCCUCCUCCCGUCACUACUACCACUAGGCGGACACUUUUGGACCUCUUUGCAGCAGCGGCCCCUGCUGGGUACGGUAUGCAGGGAAUGCAGGGAAUGCCGGGAAUUCCCGGCUUCUACUCCCCUCCAUCGGCCCCCUAUCUCCCAGCACAACCACCACAACCCCAACAAGCUGCCCCAGCUGCCGCUUCCGCUUCAUAUGGCUAUGAUAGAUAUGGCCGUGCCCCACCCGCUGGUCUUGUUCAACAACAGCCCCAAGGAGUCCAGCCGCUUCAAGACCCGCUAACACCACGCUCUCGCGGCCAAAGGAGCAUCAUUGACGCUUUUCUCGGCGGUGCCCCGGCCCAGGAACAAAAACCCCAGCAACGUGCCGCUCCUAUCGUCGACAUGUUGGAGAUGUUCGGAUUGAUGGAAAAGACGACCACCACCCAACGGCCGCGAUUGUUUGAUAGCAGAAGUGGAUUUGGAAUGGGAUCGAAAGGCGCCAGCGACAUCGACGCCAUUCUCAACGCACUAAUGAGAGGAGGUGCCAAAACGGCCGAACCGGAGCCCCCGUCUCCAGCUGGAAUGCUUUCGCAGUUUUUCGGCAAGAAA